CAGACAAACCAUCAUCAUUCAUCUGCCCAAACGUAAACCCUAGAAUGACCACCAUCGCCUCUCUCACCUGAAUGUUGUCAAUCCAACUCAGCUUAGAUCUCUCAUGGCUCUCGAUUCUUCAGGCAAACAACCCGACCAUCAGCAACCACCACCUCGACCCUACUCCAAAACCCGCGACGCAAGAUUGAAGCUUCGGAGAACCCCUAACGAAGAGCACGAGCCGGAGAACUAUGAGGAUCUGCCGCUCGAUUUCAGCCCGGCUCUGUUCAGCUCGCUGGAGCGGUACUUGCCCGAGAAGGUUCUCAAUUCGACAAGAAUCGAAAAGGCUCGUUUCAUGAGUGAGCUUCUUCAGAGUUACUCCCCUGACAGUGAGCGGAACCGGAUUCAGAGGCAUAGAGAGUACAGGCAGAGGAUCUUGUCUUCUUACCAGCGUCUGCAUGGAGAUAUCUAUACUCUUGACCCUGCUAGGUUCUUCGUGCCUUCGUUUCUUGAUGCUGUUAGUCAGCCCACCGAGGAGAGGCUUAGAAGCGCAAUUGUUCGAUCUGCUCCUGGGAUUUACACUUUUGAUAUGCUUCAACCGCGGUUUUGUGAAAUGUUACUAGCUGAGGUUGAACAUAUGGAGAAGUGGGUGUAUGAUUCAAGAUCCACAAUAAUGAGACCCAAUACUAUGAACAGAUUUGGUGUUGUCCUUGAUGAUUUUGGCUUUGAAAGCAUGCUUCAGAAGUUGGUUGAUGACUUCAUUAGUCCUUUAUCUCAAGUUCUGUUCCCGGAAGUCUCUGGAACCGGUUUGGAUUCUCACCAUGGCUUUAUUGUUGAGUAUGGAAAAGACAGGGAUACUGAUCUUGGGUUCCAUGUGGAUGACUCGGAGGUUUCUUUGAAUGUCUGCUUGGGUAAACAAUUUUCUGGUGGGGAGCUCUACUUCCGAGGUGUGAGAUGUGAUCACCAUGUGAAUUCCGAAAGCGGUGAAAAUGAAAAUUACGAUUACUCUCAUGUACCUGGUCGAGCCAUUCUUCAUCGUGGACGUCACCGUCAUGGUGCUAAAGCUACUACUUCUGGACACCGAGUCAACUUGAUUCUGUGGUGUAGAAGCUCAACUUUUCGAGAGAUGAAGAGUUAUCAAAGAGAAUUUUCAAGUUGGUGCGGAGGAUGCAAACUUGAUAAACAUAAUAGGCUGCAAGCGUCAGUUAAAGCAACUACGGAGUUGCUGAAGAGGAGAACAGCAGAGAAGACGCUUGUUGAGCUCUCUUCACCACCACCUGCCGACUAAACUUAUUAACUGUGUAAAAAAAUACACUACGUUCCUUGUAUCAUUUUGGUGUCUGACUGUGUAUAGAGGCAAUGGAAACGGUUUGUUUGUACUCAUUUAAAUUAAAAUUUGUCACAUUUUUCAGAUUUCUGUAUCAAUAAAUGAGAACACACUUCAGUA